AGCACAACUUGUGAUGGAGCUUUGGGAUCUCAGUCCUCUGACCAAGCAUACGUGACCCUUUUGUACGGCGAUGAGUUCUUACUCGGCGUUCGCGUUCUCGGAAAGUCGAUUCGCGACACCCAGUCCACCAAGGACAGGGUGGUUUUGGUUUCUGACGGUGUCUCACACUACGCCAAGAAGCUGCUCAAGGCUGAUGGUUGGCUAGUGGAGCAUAUUAGUCUGUUGGCAAACCCUAAUCAAGUCAGACCUAAAAGGUUUUGGGGUGUCUACACAAAGCUGAAAAUAUUUAACAUGACUCAGUACAAGAAAGUGGUAUAUCUUGAUGCUGAUACAAUUGUAGUUAAGAGCAUUGAAGAUCUAUUCAAAUGUGGGAAGUUUUGUGCUAACUUAAAGCAUUCAGAAAAAUUGAAUUCGGGAGUCAUGGUAGUGGAACCUUCUGAAAAAGUUUUCAAUGAUAUGAUGAGUAAAGUGAAGACUUUGCAUUCUUAUACUGGAGGUGAUCAAGGGUUUCUGAACUCCUAUUAUACAGGGUUUGCCAAUGCGCAUGUUUUUGAACCAGACUUGUCACCUGACACUUUACAUUCUAGACCAGUUCCCGAAAUGGAGAGACUUUCGACUCUUUAUAAUGCAGAUGUUGGCCUUUACAUGCUCGCAAACAAGUGGAUGGUGGAUGAGGAACAACUCCAUGUUAUUCAUUAUACACUUGGCCCCCUUAAACCGUGGGAUUGGUGGACAUCUUGGCUUUUGAAACCCGUUGAUGUCUGGCAGAAUGUUCGGGUACAGCUUGAGGACUCUCUCCCUGGAACUGGAGGGGGCAGAAAUCCUAAUGACGAACUUUUAGUUAAAUUUCUUUUUGUGCUCCCCUUGUUUGUUCUGCUUUUCUGUUACUAUCGGACUUUUCUUCAGACACGUUCUAUGUGCGGCCAUAUUAGACACCUUUACUACAAAUUCAGAUCUGGUGGUGCUAUUGCAUACUCAGCAGUUUCUUCUGCUACCAUUAAUUCUAAUCAGCAGUUUUCAAAUAGUGCGCAAUCCAAGGUGCCUGUUUUUCUGGGAGGGAUAUCCAUCUUUGUCUGUUUUAUGGCUGCUGUGGUGUCCCUUGCACUUGCACUCUCAGUUGUCCCUCGGCAAGUAAUGCCAUGGACUGGUAUGCUCUUGAUGUACGAGUGGACAUUCACCAUUUUCUUCCUAUUGUUUGGGUGUUACCUGCAUUUGAUCUAUAAAUGGGGAAAGCUGGUGGGAAAUCAAGUAGGAUCAUCUUCUUCUCGCCCUGGAACUUUGGAUUAUGAUUCCGGAAAAGGUCAUCAGCGUCAUCUGUCUUGCGACGUUGCUACAUGGUAUUAUGGGGUAGGGAUGGCAUUUCUGGCUAUUGCUGCCCCUUCAUUGCCUUGUGUUUUUGGCAUCACUGCUCUGUUUUUAAGCUCUAGUGGAAACAUCGAAUAG